AUGUAUCCAUUCGCGAGUAAUCUGUCUGGCACCCAUGUCUUGGUGACUGGGGGCUCAAAAGGCAUAGGACGGUUGAUUGUUCAAGCUCUACUCGCCGAGGGUGCCAACGUGUCGUACUGUGCUCGAAACCCUCGAGGUGAUGAAUUCUCCGCCUUCCAGGGAGCUGCAGACAACGCCAGAGCCGUCGCGUCCACGGUUGAUAUCGCCAACCCUACCGACAUCAAGAAUUGGGUGGAGAGGUCGGUUGAGGAAUUUGGCAGAAUUGAUUGUGUAGUCGCCAACGCGUCUCCCAUUUUCCAGGAUCCCACCCCCGAGCACUGGGAGAAGAGUUUCAAUGCCGACAUCAUGGGUCUUGUAACUUUACUCGAAGCAACAGAACCAUAUUUGGUGGAGCGUGUCAAAGCAGGAGGCUCUCCUUCCGUCGUGGUCAUUACGUCUUUGGCUGGAUAUGACCUUGUGCUCCCAACGAUUGGAAGCCCUUAUACCACUUUCACGAGAGCCAAACCCGUCAUUGCAAAGGAUUAUGCUCGCAAGUUUGCGCCUUUGGGCGUCCGUGUCAACACUUUGGCAUUGGGGCUCGUUAAUACACCGAAUAUCACUCAUCCGGAUGGUUCGGUUGAAUGGAGCACCUAUCAAACCUUUACAAAGAAUAAUCCUGAAGUUAUCAAGGCUCUGGAAGACAAGGUCCCUCUGAAGAGGGCUGCUCGGUGUGAGGAGAUUGCAAAUGUAGUUGUUUUCCUGGCUAGUGGUCUUUCGAGCUAUGUUUGUGGUGCGACAAUCACAGUUGACGGCUCAAUGUCGACCUCUCUAGUUUAG